AUGCCCUCAAUUCUUAAAUUCUAAACUGAACCUAGUACCCAUAUUAGUCAUUCAAUAAAAGAUUUAGAUAAUACAAAAAAUUAUGAUUAAAUAAUAGAAUAAAACUCAAAAUCCUAUUUGAUUGGCAAUCAUUACUUUCAACCUACACAUAAAGUAAUAAAUGGUUAAAAACCAAAAUUGUUCAUUAACUAAAAAUCGAUUCAUUAAAAUCAAAGCUUUCGAGACCUCUCUUAUGUUGAAUCAUCUGGAAGUCCGUAUUCACAAAGAGAAGAUAAACUAGAUGAUGGUCUUACAAAUUUAAGAGGAAGAAAAAAAUCAUUAAAACCUCAAUUAUCGCCUUAUCUGAUUAAUAAAUAAUCACAUUCAUCAAAUAAUAAUCUAUAAAGUUAAAGAAAAAUCUUAGAAAAUGUACUUGAUGAUAGUGGAUAUUAUGUUAAUAAAUAAAAAAACCAAGAUUAAUCGCCUCAGUACUAACUUGCUAAAAAUGGAUAUUUGCAUAAUUUUCAGCAAGUCAAAAAUCUAAAGCCUUUAGCCUAAUUUAAAAAAGAAAAAUCUGUUAAGGAUAUUUAAAAGCCUAUGUAAAAAUAAAAUGAACAAAUAUUGUCUCCAAUAUCACCUGAGAAUGGCUUUACAUAUCCUGAAAAAAAAACAUUUGUUAGACCAAAUAAAGAAAAAAUUAAUAAUAAAUAAUUUUAAAGAAAAAAAUCCAUAAAUUUACAAUAAAAUUAAAAUUAUGAAGAUACAAUUCAUAGAAAAAUGAAGUGUUUUUAAAGGAACAUUUUUUAAAAUUAAUGCAUACAUAUGAUAUAUGUUAGACCUUCAGCAAUUAGAAUCUAAAGGUAUCUUAUUAAAGAUGCAAAAAAUGAGGAAGUAUUGAAAAAAUGUUUGAGUUAUAGAUGGUGGUGGUAAGAAUCUAACAAUUAAGAUGAAGAUAUUGAGUUCUUUUGGUAUUCUUAGGCUUCCGUAUCUUUUUUAAGUAAAUAAGCAUAAAGACAUAUAAGUGAUAAAAUAGAAUUUCAACCAUUUGAAUAAAUAGUAAAAAAAUCUGAAGGAGUUGAGGAUUAGAUGAAAUAUGCUAUUGAAAAUAAACUUGGUUUAUUAUCACCCUUAAUUAAAGUACAUAAUCAUAUUGAUAUUUCCUAUCCAUUAUGGACCAAAAAAAAUUUAAUUUGUUCAAUAAUUAAAUAUUGUCAAUUAACAAGAUAAUAUGUUGAAAAUUUUAUUCCUCUAUCUAUGGUUGUUGAUUAUUUAGGUGAGAAUCUACUUUAUGAAUUCUUAAAGAAUUUCAAGACAUCAACUGAUAUUUGGAUUUUAAGGAAGAGUGAUUUAUAGGAGGAUGAUAAAAUUAUGAUAUGUAAAAAUACAGAAAGUGUUUUUAAUUAUCUUAAUGAAUAAUUUAAGAUGCCAAAUAGAAAUUAAUAGAGUUUUAUAGUUUAAUAAUAUAUUCGUUCAAUUGAAUUUUAAGAAAUUAAAUUAGAUUUAUGUUAUUAUUUAUUGAUUACUCAAAUAAAUGGAAUUGUAAGAGGUUAUUUGUUUUAAUAAUUUUAUGGCUAAAAAUCAGAAAUAAUAUUUUCUGAUUUUAACAAUGAUUCACAUAUUGUAUUUAUAGAAAAUUCAAAUUAGAAAAUAAUUAAUCAAUAUAUUUCAAUGAAGAAUAUUUUAAAACUUUUAAAUAAUUAUAAUUUUGAUUAUGACUCUACUAUUUAUCCAUAAAUAAAACAAAUAUUAUAAGAAUAUCUGAAAUCUAUAUUUAUUUAGAUGCCAGUUAAAGAUCAUAAUUUUGAGGUAUUAAAAUAAUCACAUUAAUUAGUUGCUUAAAGUUGUUAUGAUAAUUGAUAAUUAAGGUAAACCUUGUUUGAUUAAUAUAAAACCAAAUCCAAUAUUAGACUAAGAUAUGGAUUUCAUAUAAUAAUUAAUAGAUAAUGUUUUUCAAAUUGGAUUAGAUGUAUUAUUUCCAUCUCCUUCUAUAUGGCCAAAAGAGAAAAAACGAUUGAUUGAAAAUUAUUGGGAGACUAACUAUUUCGAAUAAGUUUUCGAUUCAAGAAUAGAUGGAUAAGGAUUAAAAUCAUUAUUUGAAGAAAAAAUAUAUGAAAAUAAUAAUUAUAAUGAUGAUGAAUUGUGA